GAGCGGGACGCGGCGGAGCUUCAGUGGCGGAGGAUCCGAGGAUCCGGACCCGGAGCUGGACUCGUCCAAACUACACCCACCGAACCGACAACUCCCUGCCGGGCAACCGACCCCUCUCGACGGGUGCGACCCUCCAGGUGCUGAGGAAACUGCAGAAGAACCAUCUGUGUCAAGACUCAAGGGGGGUGAACGUUGAGAGGAUGUCCAGCCACUUGGCCGUUUCUUUGUGAAUGGAGUAGAGGUGACUUGUGACAAUGCGCUGCCUGGCUGCUCGGGUGAACUACAAGACCCUCAUUGUCAUCUGCGCCCUCUUCACACUCAUCACCGUGCUGCUGUGGAACCGAUGCUCCAGUGACACCACAGUGCACUUCCUGCCCCGGGCCGCCCUCGUGGCUCCCAGUCCCAGGGUGGGGGAUGCCAGCAUCAGCAGCCAGCAACACCCGCCCCAGCCCCCAGAGCCCCCGCCUGUUGUCGGGGGCGUCAGCGGCGUCAAGUUUGAAGAAAUCGACUGCCUGAUCAACGACGAGUCCACCAUCAAAGGGCGGCGUGAGGGCGGAGAGGUCUACCUGCCCUUCACUUGGAUGGAGAAGUACUUUGAGGUGUACGGGAAAGUUGUGCAGUACGACGGAUACGACCGGUUCGAGUUCCAGCACAGCUACUCCAAGGUCUACACGCAGCGAGAGCCCUACCACCCCGAUGGGGUCUUCAUGUCGUUUGAGGGCUACAACGUGGAGGUCCGAGACCGCGUCAAGUGCAUAAGUGGAGUGGAAGGCGUGCCUCUCUCUACCCAGUGGGGCCCUCAGGGCUACUUCUACGCCAUCCAGAUUGCCCAGUACGGUCUGAGCCAUUACAGCAAAAACCUGACAGAGCGCCCCCCCCACGUGGAGGUCUACGACACCGCGGAGGAGAGAGACAGCCGGGCCAGCACAGCACCCUGGAGUGUGCCGAAAGGUUGUGCCCUCAGCCGUGUCCACGACAAGACCCGAGCUUCCUCCGUGCGUCAGUUCAGUGCUCCAGAGUCGUCAGAAGGCGUCUCCCUCCAGCUGGGAAACGCCAAGGACUUCAUCCUCAGCCUGGACAUCAAGUUCACCUCCAACGGCAGCGUGUCGGUGGUCCUGGAAACCACGGAGAAGGGCCCCCACUUCACCAUUCACUAUGUGACCAGCUCGCAGCUCAUCGCCUUCAAGGAUCACGAGAUCACCUACGGAAUCGGGCCGAGAACCGGCUGGAGCACUCUGACCCGGGACCUGCUCACCGACCUGAGGAAGGGCGUCGGCUUGUCCAACACCAAGGCUGUGAAGGCCACUAAGAUCAUGCCCAGACGGGUGGUGCGCUUAGUUCUACAGGGACGCGGCUCCGUCGACAACGUCACCAUCUCCACCACCGCCCACAUGGCCGCCUUCUUCGCCGCCAGCGACUGGCUGGUGCGCAACCAGGACGAGCGAGGCGGCUGGCCCAUCAUGGUCACUCGCAAACUGGGCGAGGGCUUCCGGCCUCUGGAGCCCGGCUGGUACUCGGCCAUGGCCCAGGGCCAGGCCAUGUCCACCUUAGUGAGAGCCUACCUCCUCACCAAGGAGCAGGUUUACCUCAACGCUGCCCUCAAGGCGGUCGGACCCUACAAGGUGCCUUCAGCGCAGCACGGGGUCAAAGCUGUGUUCAUGAACAAGUACGACUGGUACGAGGAGUACCCCACCACGCCCAGCUCCUUCGUCCUCAACGGCUUCAUCUACUCCCUGCUGGGACUCUUCGACUUGACGGAGACGGCGGGAGAGAAGGUCGGCAGGGAGGCGGGGCAGCUGUUCAGCCGCGGCAUGGAGUCGCUGAAGGCCAUGCUGCCGCUCUACGACACCGGGUCGGGCAGCAUCUAUGACCUGCGUCACUUCAUGCUGGGCGCCGCGCCCAACCUGGCGCGCUGGGACUAUCACACCACGCACAUUAACCAGCUGCAGCUGCUGGCGUCCAUAGACAAUGCUCCCGUCUUCAAAGAUGUGGUCAAGCGCUGGAAAAACUACUUAAAAGGGAUUCGCGCCAAGCACAACUAGGCAGAGUGUAAUCCACCAAUGUGAUCCAGCCGAGGGGACGACUGUGUGUGUGUGUGUGUGUGAACUGGAUAAUGAAUGUGAGGUGGGUUCUCUCACAUUGUGAGUGUGUGUGAAUGUGUGUGUUCCUGGUUGAGGUUCAACAUGUAACAGAUGAGUGUAAUCUGCUGCAGCUCACAACUCAAAAUAAUUCUCAUCUCUGCUGCAGGUUUUAUAUUUUCUGCCGA